AUGGUUUACGCCAAGCCCAGUCAUACUUCUGGUGCUAUGAAACGAUCUGCUUCGGCCCUCGAGGGUCCUCCGGGUUGGGAGGUGACUCCACCUAUGAUGGCCCCCUCUCGAUCUUCUUUCCGUCUACCUUACGCCCACUACGCUAUGAUCUAUCUCGACAGUGAAGGCAAGGUCAAAGUUGAUGAGUCCGCUUCCAUUAAAGAGCAGAAUUCGACUCUUUUCACUCCAGAGGUCCGCCAGAAUUUCGUUGAGAUUCUUGGUGAGAGAGUGAACAUCAAGCCUAGCCGCCGCAAUCUAGACGCAUCUCCUCGCCGGGUUCGUCGCCGCCGAGAUGCGCCUUCUGUUACUGAUUCUCGCUAUGAUGAUGCCUCUGAUGAUGACUGCUCUCCCGGGUCUAAUGAUAUGGUUCCUAUCCGAGUGGGAGAUACUCAAAAGGUCAUGAGCUACUAUGAAAGUGCCCUGAAGCACUUCCAACAACUCAACUGCCGUAUGGUCGCCAAGGCAUUUAUCAAGUUUAUCGAGCCCCGCAAGCAAGUCCGCCACCCUUAUAACGGAGGAAAGCCUCCAGCAGGAUCUGCUCCUGGUGCCACUGGUGAUCCAGAAAAAACCAAGCCAGAGUGGUGGCCCCCAGGUGUCAUGCACAAGGAGCCCGAUCACCUUAGAAAAGAGUACCGCAUCGAGUUACUGCUGCACAUCAUUCGCAAGCUUAGUGGCUAUGGAAUCACUGCCGAUAAGCUGAAGGAAGUCGCUGGCGACACUAAGCGCAGCCUGAAGCACCCAUCUCACGUUGAGAUCAUCUAUGAGAUCCUGCGGGUGAGAAAGAUGGAAGAGCGAUUCGAGCGCGGCGAAGUUGAUGGUAACAUGGUUGUCUUUAUCCAAAAUCGGGGACCUAGCCCCAAGGGUGACGGAGACGAGGAUGAUGAUUCAAACGAUACAGCACCAGAUCUCAUUGAAGACGGCCUCAUGACACCCACAUCAUCCGUCGAGCAGCUUGCACCAUUAUCUACCCCGAUCGAUACCCUGCCACUUUCAAGUCGCUCUCUCCCCACCAGCUUCUCCAUGCCAGAACUCAGCUUCGAUGGCCGACAAGACCGCCCAGCGCCAUACUACAACACUCCGCCACAAUACACAGACUCCUUCUCCCAGCCUAUGCUGAGCACCCCCGUCACAGCAGAGAUGAUCAGUCCCCACGACGUCUCCGUUUUCGAUUACUCUCAAACCCCCUUCCCCACCUCAAGUCCAGAACAGCAGCGACACCCCGGUGCCCACUAUGACCCCUGGGGUACACCUACAUUCCGCCAGAACGUCUUCGGCUCCGUGGACUACGUUACAGCAAGUAGUCAAUCCGUGCCUACAUCUAUGCCAUACCACAUGCCUAUGACAUCAUCCGCUCACCUACAUGACAUGUCUCACCAUGCCCAGUCCCCAAUGGACCCGAUGGCACAAAGGGCUUUGCCCUUCCGCACUGGCUCUCUGGGACAUCCCCAUCCCCAUGGAUUGCCAUUAUCUCACCCUGCCUAG